AUGUCAAGUGCCUUUGACACCAUCAGCAGAGAAACAGUACUCAAUGUUCUUGAAGAUGCUGGCUGUACUAGUGAUGAAAUUAGGAUGGUACGGCUCCUACUAUCAAACACAGUGUUGAAAGUAAAAGUCAAUAAUACUGUAUCAAUUGAGUUCCAAAGCACAACUGGAGCAUUUCAAGGAGAUGCACUAUCAGGUAAUCUAUUUACUGUUGUUGAAGCCGCUGCACUUAUUCACCUCAGAUCUGUACUCUCCCAAGUAUCAUCAACACCUUACCCAGUAAAUCAUCCAAUCCCUAAUCCUCCUAUCUCAGAAGAAUUCAUGCCACUCGAAACAGGAUACUCUGAUGAUAUUGACUUUAAUAACACUGAACUUGCUCCACUCAAAGAAAUGCUUCCUAUCGCUAAAGAUAUAUUCCAGCAGUGGGACCUUCAUAUCAAUUCUUCCAAGACUGAAUUUGUCCAUUUUUAUUUAGCAGAUCCUAAACCCACUGUUAAACGCAAGGUAGACAUUGACUUAGUCCAACGGAAUCCGCAACUGUCGAAGAAGCCGAAGAGUUUCACGACUGCGGCAGUAAGGGAGGUCCCCUCUCAUCAUCUACUACUUGUAGUAGGAGAUCUUAAUGCUCACCUCAGCAAGUUGAAUGGUGAAGAUACGGGAUGGUACUGGCAUCAAGUGACCAAUCGUAAUGGUCAUCUGCUCAGGGAUACACUGCUGGAGGGAGAGUUAGAGGAGACGAAUCAUCGUUUUCAGAAGAGUCCUGGUAAGCAGUGGACUCACCUCUCAGAUGGAGUACUAACUAGGAGCCAGAUUGACUAUGUCCUGGUACGGAAGAAGUGGAGGAACUCAAUAAAGAACAUCGAGCCAUGCAACUCUUUCAAUUCCCUGGGCUCUGACCAUCGGGCAGUACUCUCAACUGUAAAGCUCAGUCUUCGAAAGAGCAUAAGUCCACCACGGGUCACACGUUACGACUUCAGUCGUCUCAAAACUGAUCAAGAGUUACAGAUCAAGUAUAGAGUUGAAGUUAGAAAUAGGUAUAGUGCACUCUUGAGUGAGGAACAACUAGAUCUUGGUCCUACUAAUGACGUCACCACUAAGUAUGGAAAGUUUAUUGAAGCAUUGAAGUAUGCAAAUAGGAGGCAUCUUCCGCAUAAACCUAAGAAGCGGUAUGACGAUCCUGCCAACGACCCAAGAAUAGAGGAAGCCAGAAGCAAAUUGUUUGCUGCCAAGGAGACCUACCAUCUGGAUCCUUGUGAAGACAACAGACAGACAGUUGCCGAGGAGAAAGACACUCUCUCUGCAUGCUACCGUACUGUGGAGGAAGAGCUGCUUAAACAGAAAAUAAGUAAAGCUGAAAACGCAGCCGAUAGAUGCAAGAACAAAGAAAGCUGGAAUCUUGUUAAUGAGGUCAGUGGGAGAAAGAAGAACCCAUGUGGUCUUGUAGAAGGAGGUAGUAGAGAGGGUAGAUUGAGAGCCUGGAAAGACCACUUUACCAAGCUACUUGGACAACCUCCAGUAGUUCCAAACGAAGAAGUGGACAUACCAGUCGUACAUCCACCACAAAACAUCAGUGUGGAUAAGUUUACCAAGACCGAACUGGAGGAGGCUACGAAAUCGAUUAAAGAAGGUAAGGCAUUUGGAGAGGAUGGAGUUGCCCCUGAAGUACUGAAGAGGGUAAAUGUUGAUGAUUUGAUCCUUGACUUCUGCAAUAAAGCACUAGUUGAUGGCGAUGUUCCUGACCAAUGGAAGCACCUAAACAUCGUGCCUGUUCCAAAGAAAGGGAAUUUGACCAAAGUAGAUAACUAUAGAGGUAUUGCACUGACAUCUAUAGUGAGUAAGACUCUCAAUAAGAUGAUACUGAACAGGAUCAAACCUGCCAUGGAAGACAUCUUAAGGAUCAAUCAGAACGGAUUCAGAGAGAGUAGGUCAACAACUGGUCAUAUUCUUGGCCUAAGAAGGGUAUUCGAGGGAGCCCGGGAUAAAGAUCUGACCGCGGUAAUGCUCUUCAUUGAUUUCAAGAAGGCAUUCGACAGCGUGCACCGUGGACUCCUCAUGAAGAUCCUCUUGGCAUAUGGAAUUCCCAAGGAAAUUGUAGGCUUGAUACAAAGAAUGUAUGCAGAUACAUUUGCUCGAGUGAUUACCGAGGAUGGUCUGAGUGAAGCAUUCUUCAUUCUAGCAGGAGUGAUGCAGGGAGACACUUUGGCGCCCUACCUAUUCAUAAUCGUAAUUGACUACAUUAUGAGGGUGUCCUUAGAGGGUAGGGACUUUGGGUUUACUCUACACCCUAGAAGAAGCCGUCGCUAUCCGGCUGUCAAGGUCACUGAUGCGGACUUUGCUGACGACCUUGCUCUUAUAACAGAUAGUGUUGCGGAGGCACAAGAUUUUCUCAGGAGUCUGGAACUGGCAGCCAACUCAGUUGGACUCUACCUCAGCGAGGGGAAAACUAAGUACAUGGGAAUCAACAUAAGAGAUGACGAUAACCCGACUCUGGUUGCUGGGAGUGGGAAGAACAUUGAGAAAGUCGAUGACUUUGUAUACUUGGGUAGUAGAAUGAAGAGUUCGGAGAAGGACUUCGAAGUGAGGAAAGCUAAGGCAUGGGGAGCGUGUCACCAGAUGAAGCUUGUAUGGAAGUCGGAUAUGCGUAGAGAUCUCAAGAUACGACUGUUCCUGGCUACAGUCGAGUUCAUCCUUCUAUAUGGCUCUGAAACAUGGACUGUCAGCCAGACCCUCGCAAAACGUAUAGAUGGAUGUUAUACGAGAAUGCUGAAGAUGGCACUGAACAUUGACUGGAAAGAGCGGCAGACUAACGCCAAGGUGUAUGGACACCUCAUCAGAGCAUCUCAAAAGAUAGCUGCACGGAGGAUGAGACUCGCAGGUCAUUUAGCCAGACAUGAAGAACUAUUGAGUCAUGAACUUCUCUUCUGGGAACCCCUUCAAGGACAUCGUCGAAGGGGAAGACCACAUCUCACAUAUAUUGACAUUCUUCGGAAGGACACGGGGCUUGACGACAGCAUGGAGAUUAACAAACUCAUGCUGGAUAGACAGAUUUGGAAGAAAACUAUCUCUGUUCGGACGUUGAAGCCGCCCUAA